AUGCGCCUCAGGAUCAUCACCCUCUCAACCACCCUCCUCGCCACCACAGUGUUUGCCAACUGGAUCGACUGCGGCGGCAAAGCCCUCUCAGUCCAAUUGGACGGGGUAGGCCACUCGAUUCAUUACCUACACAGGCGUGUAGAACGGGAGGUCGACCAUGCGCCCCCGAAUAUGCGCUACCUAAUGCCCAUCCUCUGUGAGGAGGUUUCAUGUCUAGAGGGGACCCAGAUUCGCUGGUGUAACGAAGAUAAGAACUACGGCCGCACCAUGGAUCUUGUGCAUAUUGUCGAGGCUGCCGAGGUGCUUCGUGCGGAGUGUCAGGAGCAGUACAAGGGAAAGACGGUUGCGGGUGGUGUGAUUUACCAUGAGGAUAAAUGGACUGUUAUUAUGCAGUAG